CUUUUUGUUUUCCGCCGGAAUCCGUUGGUCUGCGGUCCUUCUGUUUCCGUGUGUGGGGAAGAGCAGGGGUGUGAUUUGAGAGGAAACUUGUAUCUGUCAAAAUGCAGGACCCGAAUGAAGACACAGAGUGGAACGAUAUCCUGAGGAAGAAAGGUAUUCUUCCUCCCAAGGAGACACCUAAAGAUGAUGAAGAGGAGGAGCUGGCCCUUCAGCAGCAGCAGUCUGUCGUUAAAACAUAUGAGAGCAUGACACUGGAAGAACUGGAAGAGAAUGAAGAUGAGUUCAGUGAAGAAGAUGAGGCUGCCAUCGAGAUGUACAGACAGAAGCGUCUUGCAGAGUGGAAGGCCACUCAGAUAAAGAACGUGUUUGGAGAGGUGGUUGAAAUCUCCGGACAGGACUACGUCAAAGAGGUCAACAACGCUGGAGAAGGCAUCUGGGUGGUGCUGCACCUCUACAAACAGGGAAUCCCUCUGUGCACCCUGAUCAACCAGCACCUGAGCAUACUGGCCAGGAAAUUCCCUCAGACCAAGUUUCUCAAGUCCAUCUCCACCACCUGCAUCCCCAACUACCCCGAUCGCAACCUGCCCACCGUCUUCGUCUACUUUGAGGGAGAGAUGAAGGCCCAGUUCAUCGGGCCGCUGGUCUUCAGCGGCAUGAACCUCAAAGUUGAAGAGCUGGAGUGGAGGUUAUCAGAGACUGGAGCGGUGAAGACAGACCUGGAGGAAAACCCCAGGAAGCAAAUCGAAGACAAACUAAUGUCAUCGAUCAGAUGUUCGCUUCCCACACGGAAGGACAGUGACUCUGAGGACGAGGACUACUAAGAGAGAAAUCUGUCACAGUUGAACAGACAGGCUGCGUGGCCGCCAAAACACUCAUCUGGUGAUGGUGUGAGCAGGGACAGAGAAGGGGUCUCAUCUCCUUUUAUGGGCACAUACUUUUCAUAUUUUAACUUGGUGCUCUUAUGCUGAGCCGCUCGGCUGGAGAGAAUCAUACCUGUGACCUUGUUGUUGAACCACCCGUCCUCCCGUUGUUCUCAAUGGGGAAAGUGGGGAAACAGCACAACAUUCACCCUUUUUGUAAUUUGAAUAAACAUCAAACUCAAUAACCCGAAUCUUAACAAAAGCAUCAAAGACAAAUUUGAACUUUUUAAUUAUGUUUCAUGAUAUAUAUAUGUCACAAAAUGUACAUGUACGUUUAAAACAGUUAAAUUAAAUACGAGUUCAUCUCUUUGCCACAGUAAAUAAUGCCAGUGUUUGUCUAAAUGCUCAUUUUAUUGGAAUCUGUGUCACGGUUGAUUUAUAAAGGACUUGUUUAAGAGUUA